AUGUCAUUUUUUGUGUUGAAGAAAUCAUUGGAUACUCUUUUAUAUAAGUUUUCAUCUUUAGAAACAUGUUCACCGGCAACAUUACAAGAAAUUACAAAAAUACUGACGGAAGACUCGGUUUUAAGGCCAAUAUCAGAGAAUAGCAGGGGUGGUUUGAUGAGUUCUGGAAAAUCUGAUAGGAAUUUUUCUAAAGUUAAGAAAGAAAAUAAGGUGUUUACUUUAAAAAAUGAUAUAGUCGAUAGGCCUGAAUUUGCUAUAAAAGUGUUUAAUGAAUGUUUAAAAGUGUUGUCCCAAAUAGUUAAAAAGUCGGUUGAUUGUAGAAAAGAUUUUAGAGGAUUAGAAAGUAAAAAGAAUAUACAUUAUAGUAAUGGCUCGAAUUAUAUUGGGUUAGCAAAACAGAUUGUCAAUUGUUUAUUAUUAUCUUUUAAAAUUAUUAGAGAAAACUCUAGCAAACUUAAUAUAAAACAGCUAGGGGUUUGUAAAGCGCAUGCUAAUAUAAUUAAUAGACUUAUUGAUUUGGAAAUGAUUUCAAUGGCAUUUGAAGAGCUUAUUUCUUUGCGUAAUGAUUUAGAAUGUUAUAUAAGGCUUAUUGUAGAGCAAGGUUUUUGGGCAAAGUCUUCUAAGCAAAAUAAAUUAAAAAUAAAUGAAACAAAUAAAGCUAUACAUGAAAUAGUUGCAUGGCUUAUAAAUAUUGAAUCUCCUGUUGAUUCUUUGGAAGAAGAUGUGGUGAAUUUUAUUGUUGGAUUUCAGUUGAUGGCUUUAAGAUUUGCUUCACGGCAUCAAGAUAUGACUCUUGAUGAGUCGCUAUUAAAUUCUUUCAAAUCAUGUUUUGGUCCAAUGGCAUUUUUUAGAAGAUUAAAUCAAUUAAAUCCAAAAUUAGGAAAAAAUCAGGCUAAUCUUUUAUAUCGUGUCGUUUUAAAAUUAUGUUCAUCUCAUUUUUCAUAUAUUUCUUUUCAGUUUCAGCUUUGUACCAUUGAAUGUUUAGAUGAGGAAAAUAUAAGUAAUAAUGAUAAUAUUAUGGAUGGAAUAUUAAGGGUUAUUAUACACUUAUCCAAGAUAAAUGAUUCCCUUGUCUCUUAUUCCUUUUGCAAGGAAGCGGUAGAAGAUUUUUUAAAUUUUACUUGUAGUGGUAUACUUUCGAGAACAGCUUUUAUUAAUCUUAUUUUUUAUAUGUCUUUUUAUGCUGAACAAAUAAGAAACUAUAGUGAUGUUUUAAAUUGGAACAUGUUAUUAAUUAAUAAGUUUGGCCAAAACGAUAUUAUUUCUAUUUCAUUGAGUUUUCAUAAUGCAUUUUUUGAACUUUCCGGAUUAUUUUCAAUUGAAAAUGGCAGUUAUUUAAAAACUGCAAAAGAGAAUUUAAGUAAACUUUUAUCUAUGGAUGAAGAUAUUCAAAAUGCUUCUGAAGGAGAAUUAAUUAAAUUAGUUAAAAGUUUAGACAGGUUACGUCGUUCUUGUAUUUCAAUAAUAGAUAAUUCUACUUCACAUUCUCAGUUUUGCCGUUCUUGCCUUGAAAUAAUGCUGGAAUUUGUUCGUAAAUAUAAUGUUAAUAAUAUAGGAGAAAAGGAGUGUUUUAAAGUUUUAGGCUUUAAUAUUUUAACUAGUAUUAUAUCUUUUGUUAAAACAGACCUGACAUGCUCUCCUCCUGAUAAGGUUGAUCACUUAAUUCAUCUUUUAGGUAUUUCUUUGGAGUUUGCAAAGUCAGUAAAUGAUAUUUCGGCUAUAAUAUCUAUAUCAAAUGUUUUUUGGAAUUUUGGAAUAACAUUACAUCAAAAUGGGGAUAAUGCUAUUGAUCCUAUUCAGCGUAGCAUUUUGGCUCUUGAAAGUAUUAAUUUUUCUAAUUUAGAUAUGGAUCACUAUAUUGGUCGUUAUGAGUUGUUAAUAAAAUGUUAUUCAUUAAUUAAAGAUUAUGAGAAUUCUAUAAAUUAUUGUUUUAAAGCUAUGGAUAUCCUUUUUAAAAGUGGCAUUAUUUCACAAAUAGCUUCUGAAUGUAAUUCUGCAAUGUUAUCCGACGUUUUUAAAGAACAUCGGCAUGUAGCAAGAAUUAUAACUUCUAUUGUUCAGAAUGCAAUAGUAGGCGAAUGUUGGUCUGAAAGAUGCUUAUUGAAGUAUCUAAAUAUUUAUGAAAGAGGUCCGCUUUUAGAAUGGCAGCUUCAAGUUGUUCUUGGGCUUCAAUAUAAAUAUGAUAUUUCUAAACAGCUAUAUAUUCUUCAAAAUAAUCUUAUGGAUAUUUACAAUGAAAAUUUCCCUGUUCGUAGAACGAGAGUACUAUUGCAAAUAUAUCAAUGUUUGGAAAAUAUUACAAGUGAGAUGAAUGAUGCUUUCGAAGAACUUUUUAGGAAGGGCAUUUCUGAUUUGAUGGAUAAUAACCUUUUGGAAGAUAUUAGCUUUGAAUCUUUUAGAUAUAAUUAUAUAGCACUCUCUCGAUCCUUUUUGGCUUUAAAGUUGUUUUUGAAUCAAAAACAAUGGCAGGAUGAUAUGAAAGCUGCAUUCAAAAUUUGGAAAAUGCUAUUUGAUGAUAUUGAGCAUUCAAAAACUCAAAAAACAUUAGGAAUAUGUAUAGACAAUCCGCUUAAUCUUCUUUGUCACUUUGAAAUGUUGACCGAUUUUUUUCUUGUUAAAGGGCUUCCAUUAAAUAGAUUGGCUGUUUUGAAAUUGAGAUUAAGACUUUGUCUAUUAUCUCCUGAAUUGAGGGGUCCAGGAGAAUUGACUAGAAUAUAUGCUAUGUUAGGUUUACAAUAUCUUUAUCUUGGUUAUACUGGUAAAGCAGGAAUGAUAUUUGCUACUGCUCAAAAUUAUAAUCAAAAAAUGAGUCUUGAUAUCAAAAGUUUAGUUGAAUUUGAAAUCGCUUAUAUUGAAUAUUUGUCUACUGUUGGUUGUGCUUCAUCAAGUUGGAAUUCUUUUAUAAAAGUUGCUAAAAUAGUAAAUGGAAAUUUUCAAAUAUGGAAUACAGGAAUACAAGUACCUUUAGAUCAGAGAAUUGAGUGGUAUAGUUUAGUAGCAAGUGGUUCUUUUGUUUAUGCUUUGAUUAUGUUGGAAAAAGGGGCAAUUUUUGAUGCUUUUCAUUACGUAGAAAAUUCUUAUCGUCUUUAUAAGCGUAUUAUAAAAAAACGCUUUUCAACUUGUAACGAUAAUUGUAAAAAACCGGCUUUUUUUGAACUUGGAAGAUCUCAUUGGAAAAUAUUGAAUAAUUUUAUUUCUUGUUUAUUGUUGUUAGCAAAACUUUAUGAAAUUCAAGGAUCUGCGCUUGAUUCUGAAUAUUUCUAUUCUCAAGCUUUAGAGGUUGCUGAAAAUAUUAAUUCAUAUUUAGCAACUGCAACGGUUUUGGUAAUGUUAGGCAAUUUAUAUGUAAAAACUGGAAAGUUUGAAAAGGGGCAAGAGAAUUUUGAUAAAGCAAAAUAUUUUUUUUCUCAAAUUGAAAAUAUUAAAGAGUCCGUAUCACUUUUAUUUGCACAAGCAAAUCUUCAGAGCCGGCAAAAGCUUUGGUGUUUAGAACUUGAGUCAUAUCUUUUAGCUGAAAAACUAUUAAAAGAGCUUAUGAGUCCAGAAUUCAUAAUAAAAUUGGAUGAAAUUGCAAUGGAAAAUGUUGUUACAGGAAUUGAAACAAUGACAUUAUCAUCACCAUCGAAUUUAAUAGAUAGCAAAAAACCGUCAUUUAAUAAACUCUCUACGCAAUGUGAAUGCAUAGUAUUGUCACGUCUUAAAGGGAAAAUAAUGACUUCUAAGGGAUAUAAUUUUGCAUUACAGGGGAAAAUUAUAGAUGGAAAGAAAUUUUUGAAAGAAUCUGUUCUUAUAGAAUGUGAUAUGGAUGAUUUAAUUAUACAUAGGCUUUAUCAAUCAAAAGUUUGUUUUUUAGAGGCAGAAGUUCUUCUUCAAAAUGAUCCUAUUUAUGGUGUUCUUCAAGAUUCUGUGAUUUCUGUACCAAAUAUAUACAUGCAUCGAGCUUCUGAUAAAUCUGUUACAAAUAAAACUAAGACAAGAUUAGAUGUAUCAAAACCGGGUUUAAAUGGCUCAAGGGGAAGAAUUCUAAGUCUUUUAGAAGAAACUAAAAAGAAUAUUAUUGAAAUUUUUAACGAAGCUUUAAAUUAUGGACAAAGUACAUUAGUUAGACAAUUGGCACAAAUGAUGGCAUCAGCAACGAUUUUACAAUCUGCUCUUUAUAUCCCGGGUGAUAAUAAUCAAAUAAGGUCUAUUGUUCCAUCAUAUUUUCUUGAAAUUUCUAAAAUGAUUUCUUUUCAAAGAGAACGCGCAUUUCUUCGGAAAAAUACUAAGUUAGAAAAUAAUGAAAAUCAGGAUGUUCAAUGGCCUUUAAUUUUAGAAGAAUUUCAGGAUAAUAUUAGUUUGGACCAUAAAAUUAUUUCAUCUGAAUUAUUUUCUGAAUUAUUUUUUUGUGAUAUAUCACAAUUCCAGCACGAAUUUAUAGAUAAAAUUCCUCAUUCGUGGACAAUUCUUACUAUAGGAGUAGGAGAAUCUAAAAAUGACUUAUAUAUUACUAGAUUACAGAGACAAUUGAGUCCGUUAGUCUUACGUUUACCUCUUAAUCGUAGUAAUUCCAGAGAUGCUGAUCAAGAUACAUUAACAUAUGAUAAUGUUUUUAAUGAAUUAAAUGAAAUUAUUUUUCGAAGUAAUGAAACUGCUCAAAUAGCAAAAAAUAUUAGUACUAGUGCUCAUAAAGUUGUGUGGUGGAAGGAACGACAAGAGCUUGAUGCAAAAUUAAAGCAAUUACUUAUAAAUGUUGAGCAUUGUUGGCUUGGAGGAUUCAAGGGCAUAUUUUUUCAAUCAAAUAUUAAUCAAGGAAGUUUUGUGAGAUUUAAGAUUUCUGUAAAUAAAAUUAUUGCAAAACAUGUGUUUUCUCGGAAGAUUUUUCGAAAGAAUAAAAAUGUAGUUACUUUUGAGAUAGAAUCAAGACUUCUUGAAUUAUUUGUGAAGUUGGAUCUUAAUGAUUCAAAGAUUGAUGAAUAUUUGGAGGAUCUUAUAUAUUUUAUAUUAGAUAUUUUUCAGUUUCAUGGUGAAACUGUUGCUUAUGAUGAAAUUGAUAUUGAUCAGAUGGUUGUUGAUUUUCAAGAAGCCAUUAGUAAUUAUAAUAAGGAAUCUGCAGUUUUAUUAGAGAAAGAACAGCAACAUUUGAUUUUGGUUUUAGAUAAAUCAAUUCAGUCUUUUCCCUGGGAAUCUUUACCUUGUCUUCGGAAACUUUCUAUAUCACGAGUCCCUUCUUUAUAUUGCAUUUACGAUAGAUUAAAUUCGGCUAAAUUUGAUGCAUAUCAAAAAGUUAAUCGGAAUAAUGGAUGCUAUAUCCUUAAUCCUUCUUGUGACUUGAUUAAUACGCAAAAUAACUUUGAAAUUUUACUUAAAAAUCUUGAAGGUUGGGAAGGAAUUGUAGGAAGAGAGCCUGAUGAAUCGGAACUACAGUCAUUUUUAACUUCUUUUGAAAUUUUCUUAUAUUUUGGACAUGGAGGAGGCGAACAAUAUAUUAGAAAAAAUACAGUUAAAAGGCUGCCUAGAUGUGCUGUUUCUUUUUUGAUGGGAUGCAGUAGUGGGUUACUUAAAGAUAUGGGAGAUUUCGAGCCUAUAGGAAUGGCUAUUAGCUACCUUUUGGCAGGAUGUCCUGCACUAGUUGCAAAUUUAUGGGAUGUAACUGAUAAAGAUAUUGAUCGAUUUAGUACUAGUGUUUUAAAACACUGGGGAUUGAUUUCUAAUGAUUUAAAGAAUCAAGAUCAAACUGCUCCAAAAAUAGGAAAUUCUCUUGUCGAUGCAAUUGCUUUUUCUCGUGAUCAAUGUGUAUUAAAAUAUUUGAAUGGAGCUGCUCCUGUGAUAUAUGGUAUCCCCAUAUAUCUUGAAUAA